CUGCGGGCUCCGCGCGCGCGGGCCAUGUCCGCCUUCUGCCUGGGCUUGGCCGGCCGCGCUUCAGCACCCGCGGAGCCGGACAGCGCCUGCUGCAUGGAGCUGCCCGCAGCGGCCGCGGACGCAGUCGGGAGUCCAGCCGCCGCCGCCCUCAUCUCCUUCUCCGGGGGCUCCGGGGAGCUGGAACUGGCGUUAGAGGAGGAGCUGGCGCUGCUGGCGGCCGGGGAACGGCCGUCCGACCCCGGGGAGCAUUCUCAGGCCGAGGCCGGGCCUCCGGCCGAGGGGUCCGGACUGCAGCCGCCGCCCGCCCAGGAUCCCGAACUGCUGUCGGUGAUCCGGCAGAAAGAGAAGGAUCUGGUGUUGGCGGCCCGGCUGGGCAAGGCGCUGCUCGAGAGGAACCAGGACAUGAGCCGGCAGUACGAGCAGAUGCACAAGGAGCUGACAGACAAGCUGGAGCACUUAGAACAAGAGAAACACGAACUAAGAAGACGAUUUGAGAACCGAGAAGGGGAAUGGGAAGGGCGCGUGUCAGAGCUGGAGAGUGAUGUGAAACAACUUCAGGAUGAGUUGGAGAGGCAGCAGGUUCACCUACGGGAAGCAGAUCGAGAAAAAACACGGGCUGUCCAGGAAUUAUCAGAACAGAACCAGAGGUUAUUGGAUCAACUCAGCAGGGCCUCAGAAGUUGAGAGACAGCUCUCCAUGCAAGUCCAUGCCCUCAGAGAAGACUUUCGGGAGAAAAACUCCUCGACUAACCAGCACAUCAUCAGGCUUGAAAGCCUUCAGGCUGAGAUCAAAAUGCUGUCGGAUCGGAAACGGGAGCUAGAGCAUCGUCUCAGUGCCACCUUAGAGGAAAACGACCUGCUCCAGGGGACUGUGGAGGAGCUACAGGACCGGGUGCUGAUCCUGGAGAGGCAAGGCCACGACAAAGACCUCCAGCUGCACCAAAGCCAGCUGGAGCUCCAGGAGGUGCGGCUCUCCUACCGACAGCUGCAGGUGAAGGUGGAGGAGCUCACCGAGGAGAGGAGCCUGCAGAGCUCCGCCGCCACCAGCACGUCCCUCCUGUCCGAGAUCGAACAGAGCAUGGAGGCUGAGGAACUGGAGCAAGAGAGAGAACAGCUGAGACUGCAGCUCUGGGAGGCCUACUGCCAGGUCCGCUAUCUCUGCUCGCACCUCCGGGGGAACGACAGCGCUGACUCGGCCGUCUCCACGGACUCCUCGAUGGAUGAGUCUUCGGAAACCUCAUCUGCCAAGGACGUGCCAGCCGGCAGCUUGCGCACGGCCCUCAGUGAGCUCAAGAGACUGAUACAGAGUAUUGUGGAUGGCAUGGAGCCCACGGUAAGCGGCUGGGCCGAGAAGCUCCCCACCCCACAGGACCCGGCUAGUGGGAGGGAGAGGUCAGAGGGAGAGAGGGGUAAACUGAGGCAAAGCCUAGAGGAGCUGCAGCAACUCCACAGUCAGGUGACACUGCUGAGUGUGGAGAUGACUGCACUGAAGGAGGAGAGAGACCGACUCAGAGUGACGUCUGAGGACAAGGAACCAAAGGAGCAGCUUCAGAAGGCCAUCAGGGACCGGGAUGAGGCCAUUGCGAAGAAGAAUGCUGUGGAGCUGGAACUUGCCAAGUGCAAGAUGGACAUGAUGUCACUGAACAGCCAGUUGCUGGAUGCCAUUCAGCAGAAACUGAACCUCUCACAGCAGCUUGAGGCGUGGCAGGAUGACAUGCACAGGGUCAUUGACCGGCAGCUGAUGGACACGCGCCUGAAGGAGCGGAGCCGGCCUGCUGCCGCCCUCUCGGGGGCCCGGGGCGCAGGGCGCGGGGACGAGCCCAGCACCACCGAAGGCAAACGGCUCUUCUCGUUCUUCAGGAAAACUUAGGCUGGGAGGAGUCAGGCCAGCAAGGACGGGCGACUUUGGACUAGAGGUGACUGAAAUGGGGUGCUUGCACGAGGGCUCCCCUGGGCCAGCUCGGCGGCCGCACUGCCCACCUACACCGGGGCCGAGUCGUCUGGGAGGGCCCACUCGGCCUCUGAAGGCUGCCCUCAGCAGAGGGACAGGCGGCAAGCCCUGUCCCCACUGCCAGGCCACACCCAGCCUGGGCUUCCCCCGGAUCUGCUGUCGUUGAGCGGGGCUCAGGCUGUCUCCAGAGCGGGCCCUUGCUUGGGCUCUGCCACUCAGACCCAGUGGAUCGCAGCCCACCCCGCCCACCCCUCAGUGGCUCCCAAAUCCAACCCCAGGCAAUGCUGCGCCCCACCCCCCACCCCCAAUUUUAGAAUACGGGGAACAGAAGGAAUGGAGGCUGUUCUCUGCAUGCCUCAGGAGGCUGUCGUGGCCCCCAGCUGGCCUGAGCUACGGGGGCCUGGUGCCUACAGGACACCGGGCCCAUGGCUAAGCCUCCGUCUCUCCCCCCCCCCCCCCCCCCCCCCCAGCCUCUGGCCCAGGGAAUAAAGGGGGAAGCGGCUCCUCACCCACGUGCAUGCACCUCUGCCCAGAGCACCUCUGCGGCAGGAGGCCCAGCCUGCAGGGCCCGAUGGCCGGGGGCUCUCCUCUCACACUCGGCCUGGAUGGGCCUCAGCGGGGCUUGGCUGAUGCCAUCCCCGAGCUCAGGAGGAAGGGCCCUGCCCUGCUGGCCGCCACUGUUCUUCCUCCCUGGCCUCCAGGCCAGCCAGUGUUUUCAUGGGCACUCUGCAGGCUUUAGCCAAUCCAGCCCUUUCCCCAUCAUGGGGCCAGAGCGAGGAGGGGGUCUUCUCCUCUUCUGGGGGCCCCCUGCUCCCCUCACACAUACAAGGUGUUGGCUCAGCCGAGCGAGUCCAGGCCACAAUGGCCCCAGAGGGGUCUGCAGUCAGCCACCUCCACCUCAAGGGCAGCACUGGCACCACAGGGCGUCUGCCUCCAGAUACUGCCCGCCAGGCCUGCAGAAGAAUGAAUCCUGCAGCCUGCUGCUUCUGCUCCUUCCUCAGCAGCCAUCCCACCUUCUCUGCUGAGGCCCUCACUCAGAGGCACCCCGGGCUGAGUCAGCCCGCAAGCUGCUUUACAAAGGAUCAUCUCCCUCCCGCACACGGGAAAAGCACAGCAGGGACGAGCGGAAAGAAUGUACCUAUAGAUAUGUACAUACCACAGUGCUGUAAUUUUGUAUGUAGCAAUCAUGUAAAUACAUGUAUGGAUUUUAUAAUAUACAUAUUCUAUAUAAAUCUAUAAAGGCAUAUUUUUAGAAAAACAGCGCACCACUGCUUCUUUUGAAAAUAGUCUAAGAAUAAAAUGAAUUUCUACAGAG